AUGACCGGCAGACACAUCUCUGAUAACAUUCUCCUUUGCCAAGAGCUGCUGCAUGACUACCAUGCUCCCCAUGGUAUGGCGAGGUUUGCGGCUAAGUUGGACAUCCGAAAAGCCUUUGACUCCGUCAAUUGGAGUUUCUUAUUUUCGCUCCUUCAUCGGCUGAACUUCCCCCCACCCUUUCUUGCAUGGGUGGUGGAGUGUAUCACCAACCCUAGUUUUGUGGUGGCCCUCAAUGGUGAGCAAUCACGCAUCUUCUCCGGCAACCGCAGUCUUCGUCAGGGAUGCCCCUUAUCCCCAGCUCUAUUCUCCAUUGUUUUGCAGUUCUUUUCAGAUUCUCUUGAGCUCCUCGCCACCUUGGGGCAUUACCAGUACCAUGCCUUCUGCGCUCAACCAGGCAUUACUUUGCUUUGCUUCGCAGAUGACUUAUUCAUUUUUGGGAAGGCGACAAUUCCUAAUGCCGCAAUGCUUCAGCAAUGCUUUGACGACUUCAGUCUUGUGUCUGGCCUCACCCUCAACCAAGAGAAGUCGCACAUAUUCUUUGCCAACUACAGUCCUACUCUUCAAUUACAGAUCUUAGCCCUGCUUGGUAUUCCGGCUGGUUCCUUCCCCAUUACCUAUCUGGGGGUUCCUAUAUCCUCCAAGAAGUUGAAGCCCAACGACUUUGAGGUCCUUACCACUCGAGUUCAACGGUGUUUGGCCUCUUGGCGGGGCAGGGUUCUCUCCUUUGCCAGCCGGUUGCAGCUUAUUCGCUCAGUCCUUUAUGGCACAAUCUCCUAUUGGCUUAAUGUCUUCAAACUCCCUUCUGGGGUUAUGCGACGUCUUGAGAGGUUGAUGGCUAAGUUCUUAUGGCGUGGCCAUAGCGAGCAUGGCUCGCAUAAAGUUGCUUGGCAUUCGGUCUGCAUGCCCAAGGAGGAAGGGGGCCUCGGUCUUCGCCGCCUGGCUGAUUGGAACCAAGCAUCCUUAAUGCGACAUAUUUGGAGUCUCUCCUCCUCUCAGGACUCAUGUUGGGUCAGUUUUAUUUUGGCCCGUUGGUUACACCAUCACUCUCUCUGGUCUCUUGCUCCGCCCUCCCGGUGUUCGGCUACCUGGAAAGCCAUCCUUGACACGCGCUCGAUUGCUCAACACUGUAUUCGUAUCCUUCUUCGUGAUGGCUCCCACACCUUGGUGUGGCAUGACCCUUGGCUAGCGGAGGGCCCUCUCCACAGUCCCGCUCUACUUUUGACUCCAACCCUUGGCCGUGACUUUUUUGCUACUGUGAACACAUUACUAUCUCCUACUCCAUUACUUGCUGACCCGCCAAACGAUCCAGCCAUUCAAACCCGAUGGACGGAGAUCUGUUCGUCGCGGUGCUUCCAUAGAUUCUACAGGGAUACCUUUGUUUGGACACCCACUUCCUCUGGUCGGUUCAACACUAAGUCGGCUUGGAAUGCCACUCGAAUCUCUGGGGCUCCGGUUAGUUGGCACCGCGUCAUUUGGGCCAUGUCCACCCAUCCGCGCUUCUCCUUCAUUGCUUGGUUGGCCGAUCGACAAGCCCUCACCCUUAGAACCAAGCUUGCCGCAUGGGGGAUCAGCACUAUCCAGACUUGCUACCUCUGUAACUUGGGCAAUGAAACCUUUGAUCAUCUAUUUUUUGCUUGUCCCUACACGGGCCCUAUCUGGGCGCAUCUGUUGCACAUGUGUGGGUACAACCGUGCUCCCAUAGACUCCUGGCAGGCUGAGCUCACUUGGGUUGCCAAUCACUUCCAAGGGCGAUCCUUUGAAGUGCGCAUCCGGCAAUUGUGUUUCUCUGCCACUAUCUACCGGAUAUGGGCCGAGAGGAACCAACGGGCUUUUCAGAAUGCUGCUCACCAUCAUUCUGCUGUGAUACAUUCUAUCAUUCAUGAUACCAAGACCAAGUUCUCCAGCGGCAACAUUACAGUUCUUGAUAACCCAGGAUCCCGUAACUUUUUGGCCCAUUGGAAUAUCACGGCUUCCUUUUCGCUGGGUCCGGAAACUCCAUUCUUUUGGUUGGCUCCUCCCCCGGGCUGGACGGCUGUCAACUGUGACGGGUCGGUCCACUCUUUUCUGUGGGCUUUGGAACCAUUGGGCACAACCACUUAG